AUGGCAUGCACUGAGCGACUCACAUACAUCUUCAUAGGAGGUGCGAUGACAUCUGAGUCGGAUAGACUACGGACGCCCUCUCCCCUUCCUGCUGAUGUAAUUGUGCGCCUCCACCCUCAAGACCCUUCGGAUAUGCGGAAAUGGCUGGUCAAAAUCAGUGUUUUCGUCAACUCGACCGUACCCGUCAACCGGUUGCCGCCUGAAUUGCUCACGGAGAUCCUGCAAAUCUUACGACCCGACUGUCCUCGCGACUGGUCGUUCGUCACCGUACUGCUGAUCUGCCGACAUUGGUAUCAUGUCGCAGUCUCCUCUCCACGCCUGUGGACGAAGAUUGCGCUCGGCAUGCCACUUCCACUCGUCGAGACGUACUUGCGCCGAUCACGCAGGGCUGGUCUUUCACUUGACACGCGGGCGAAAUGCCCCGAGGAUUCUCAGGACGCCCUGCUGAACAUGCUCUCCCCCCAUUUCGAUCGAGUCACCCAUUUGGAGACAUACAGCUCCCAGCCAUACAUCAAGCAUCACAUGAAGCGACUGUCAUUUCUCUCCCUUCAUCACGACUUUUCCGUGCACCAAUCCUCCUCGACUAUCAUCGUACAUGGCGACGAUUUUCCAUCGCUUGGGUCCCUGUCUCUCGGCGACUUCGAACUGAAGGCGAACAUUGUCGAUGUGCAUUGCUUGACAUCGCUCACGUUGGACAACAUGUUGUGUGACACCUGGGACGAACUGUUCAACUUACUCAGGAGCUCUCCAGCUCUAGAGCAUCUCACGUUUGGUGGCCUUGACAUUGACGCCAUGACGUUUCCUACCGACACCAGGAUUCGGCCUAUCCUCAAAUUUCAACACCUCAAGAGCUUUAAAUUUCUUCACUAUGGUGGACAUGCGGCUAUGUCGUUUCUUCUGGCACAUCUGGCCCUUCCGCGCACUGCAAAAAUCAAGAUUGAUACAUAUCUGGACGCCAGGGGCCAAGCUGUCCAUGAAGACGAGAAUGCAGACUUGCAUCACGGGAUCCUCGUCGCAGACAUCGUUCCGAAGGACAACAUACCGUUUCCGGCACUCUCUGCGGUACAAGCCUUACGCGUUGAGUUCGGCUACUACUCCUUCGAUAUAAAGGCUUUGACGCUGGAAGACUCCGAGCCUUGUAGAGCCGAUACCACGACUAUCACCUUUUCAUGUUAUUUGGCGGAUCUGUUCAACCUUAGAUCUAUUCAAAGACAGAUCAUGCCUGAGUUGGGCAAAGUAUUCCCUCAGUCGCUGACCGCCCUGCACGUGUAUGUUGAAGAAGGAUGUUGUUACGACACACGACAACAUUCUAUUGAACUCUAUGAGAGUUGGGAAAGCUUGUACUACGAAGCAUUUCCGUACCUCGAAGAAUUCCACGCAAGUGGACCGACUCCGGACUUCUUCACCGACUUUCUGUUCGACAUUGGUCCAUCAAGCGCGCAACUGAGGGAGUUCGAUUCACUGCCAUGGCCGAUGCUCAAGCGGAUCAAGUUCGAGUAUAUUGCAAAGGAGCAGGAGGAGCUCGACAAAUCGGAAGCGGUCAUCAAGGACAUUGUGACCUCCAUAUGUAACCGCCAAGCCGCCUUGGAGGAACGCCUGGAGCAUCUCGCCCUCAUAUUUCCGGAGGAACCGCCAAAUCUGCGGGCGCAUUUGGGGCAGUUGCGAGGUGUAACAAAAACCCUCGUCUGUAACGUUGGCGGCCACGACCUGGCACUUGACGAGGGAGAAUCAGUUACACAGUGA